GGACAAUCGUUCUUUCCAACUGCGCUCUCUGAGUCACUACAAUAUGUAAGGUAGAUCAAAGUGGUAGUGAUCAGUUGGGAAUAUUCUGCUAAAUAAAAGGACUGAACAGAAAAAAUAUACUUCACUGGGUGUCAACAAAGAAAACAAAUCAUAGGUAAACUUGUGGAACAAACAGUUGCAGCACGGACUAGAACAAUAUGGAGCCUUCUGCUGUCGAUUAUCCGUAAGUACUUUGCACUGUCGAAUUGCUAAGUAAUUUGCAGGAUUGACAGGAGCCUGUACCUAAGCUCAACCUCGGUGGUGGGUCUUUGGAAGUAGUCCAAAAGUUUGUAUGUUCGGGUAGUUGUGAGUGCUGGUGGAGUUGUCAGCGAUGGGAUUUCUAACCGCAUAUCGAAGUCCAGAGUAGGAUACGUAAAUCUGGGCCACCUUUCGCGAAGUUAGUCUGACUGUAAAAUGUUAGGUUUAUGGCGCUUCCGUGCGAGCAGUUCUGCUCCACGUCUGUGAAACCUGGCCUCUCCGAGCUGAGGAUAUGCGACGACUCUGUGUGUUCCAUCACCGUUUUCUCCGUAGGAGUGCUUGUAUCUGGUGGCAACAUUUUGUAAGUAAUUCUGAGGUAUGACAGCGUGUGUUUGAGGAUGAUGGACAUCGUCAUUCAAUAAGUGAAGUCAUCUUAAAACACUGGCUUCGGUGACCUGGAAAUAUGUUAUUCAUGUCGUCCCAACGGCCUUCCAUACCAUUUACUGUUUGGUAGCCCUGGGACUGGAUGGAAAAAGCACAGGGAUGAUCAAUGUAUGACAUAGCGCUGUGGGAUAAAGGAUAGUUGUAUCCGGUUUACAUCUGUAAGUGCAUCGUGAGUCUCUGAGUGGGGUCCGCAAGGUCACGCAACUCAGUCGCCUGAGUUGUUAUCAGAUAUAGCUGAGAAUGGAAACCAGUGGUGGUCAUGCUGUAGCCUCCUCCUAUCUUCUUCUGAGAAGUAAUGGGUGUUUAGUCUUGAACGUAUCUAAUUAAACUCCUUUUUUAAUCAUCCUGUGCUUAUUGCGCUUUUUUUUACUUUCAUUUGCUCUAUGCAUUCAAUGUUAUAUCAUAGUGUAGCGCAUUUCUUGGUGCGCUUGCUGAACCAUGUUCAUGUUCUAAUGGCAAAUAAUAAUAUUGACUAUCUACCUUCAGCCUCAUUUAGAAACCAACCUAGAUCCCUCCAACCUUAUCGCACUUAAGAGGGCUAUCGUUAACCUUGAACAGGACAGAGUAACGGGACCUGGUUAUCGACCUCCAGAAACGGUUAAUGAUACUGACUAAGAAUUAAUAGAUAGAUUGACUUGGGCAUUGUUUUGGAUAUGAGGUACCAAAAAUGUUUCGCUGUAAUGUAUCCAGAGGUAGACAAUUCGCUUUAUGAUUACAUUGUAAAGUUUUGACCACUCUACACUUUCAUUUAGUUCAUAAAACGUGAAACUUACAAAAAAGGUAGGUCCCAUGGAUUAACCAGCCUCCGUUGAUGAUGAUACUGUUGACACACCCUGAUUACGUACCUUGACUUGCGUAUGGCAUGGAACUCCUUGUUUCAGGAGAUUGUGUAACUGAAGGGAAAUCCCUUAGAUAGUCGUGUCAUUCAGUUAAUACAAACAUCAGCAUGGGAUUUAUUUAUUGGGUUUCAAGCUGGUAUUCAUCAUAGACUGACAUCAGUUGGAGAGAUAAUGUGAACGCUGUUUCGUCCCAGUAUCAGACUCCUCAGUAGUGGGGUGGAGCCAACCAAGUCGAGCACGAGAAGGACAGUUACUCAGCGACGACAUUGGAUGGGGGUUGCGCUAUAUUGUGGACUGACAGAAGUAGGAAAUGUGGACCACUAGUUGCGGCCCAGUGACUCAAUGAUAAUGUGUUGACUAUGGGACCUGAAGGCCCUGGGUCCGACCCUGGAGGUUGGGGUCAUGAGUUCGCACCGCUACGGUGAAACAGCUGUUCAGUGCUCCUGGGUUUCCGGUAUUCCUCCAACUGAUAUCAGUCCAUGAUGAAUACCAACUUGAAAUCAAUAACUAUAAUCACUGGGGUCAGUAUUUUCAAUAUUCAGAUAAAGAAGUAACACAAUGAGGAACAGAUUUCAUCUAUGUAUGUGGAAUGCAAGCUUUGAGAAACAAUUUUCAUUUGUUUCGUGUGCUACUAUUUAGUUAGAUGCUUUUUUAUGGUAAUUAUUGUUAAUGAGAACUGAAGGCCACUCGAAAUAAAGUUCACUUAUGGUAGUGCAGCUUACUAGCAUCCAGCAUUGACCGAGAAAUAUGAUGUUACUGUCAAGCUUAUAUGAUUUUGAGGAGCUGGCUGAAUCAAAAUUAAGGUCUCAGAAUAUUAUAAGACCAGCAAAGCAGCACCUAGUAGUGGGAAUCAAGAAAGUCUUGGUUUAAUAGCAAAAUAUUGUCUGCUAAAAUACCGGCUCAUGAUGUUGCUCGUAGAUUCCUUGUGGUUUAUUUGUCUAGACUCCGUUUUCGGUCAGUAGUUCGCGAAUCCUAACACCACUCUACCUACUGAGGUUUAGGCGAUCAGAUGCUAUCAUUCAUUAGCUCUCACGCAGUAACUGCCACUCAAUACCUAAUGCACGAAUCUACACCUGGUUGAGUAUACCGUUUGAUCAGAAUAUAAGCUGCAGUUUUUACUAAUAAAAACCAACACUCAAAUGGAAGGUCUCACUUAACUUCAAACAUGCCUAGAAAAAACAACAUAGUUAUGACAUUAAACUAAAACAUAUUCUACUAAUUAGUUGGUUCCCACUGCAAGAUGUCGUCGAUAAUUCCUGAAACUCUGUUGUAUAUUUUUGCCUCAAUAUCAUUAGAUGCCACCCCCUAAUCAAGUCCCGAGUCCCGGACAACCGUUUCAACUAUCUACCGAACGCGAGGUAUCUUCUAUUCCAAAGGCAGAUCGCUCGGAUGGUGAAAAGUGGAUGUAUCCUUCAGCCCAAAUGUUUUGGAAUGCUAUGCUUCGAAAAGGUUGGCGAUGGCGAGACGAUGACAUUAAAGUUGAGGAUAUGAACAACAUCAUACGCAUACAUAAUGUGAACAAUGAAAUUGCAUGGCGUGAAGUUUUAAAAUGGGAGGCUCUCCACGCUAAUGAAUGUAUGACUCCUAAAUUACGUCGUUUUGCCGGAGAUGCAAAAAAUUAUUCCCCGAGAGCACGAAUCAGGCAUACAAUGGGAUACGAGUUACCGUUUGAUCGUCAUGAUUGGUUGGUUGAUCGUUGUGGAAAGGAGGUCCGUUAUGUCAUUGACUACUAUGAUGGGGGUUCUGUGGAUGAAGCAUAUCAGUUCGCCAUAUUGGAUGUCCGGCCUGCAUUAGACUCCUUCGGUGCAUUUUGGGAUCGUGCUCGAGUCGCAUGGAUGCGUUUCAAAUCUCCUGACCCACCUCCAAAGCCAAUCCCACAUGACCCAACAUUCCCAAAAAAGAGUACGGCUCCUUAA